UUCCACUAGGAAACUGGAGGGCAGUUCCUGACUGUGAGUCAUCACUGGUGCCCACACUGCUCACACAGUCAAAGUUGCACACAAGAAGAGGGACUUCUCUUUUCAGUCUUACAUGUAUAAGGUCGAUUUUUACAUGUAUAAGGUCGAUUUUUCCCAGUUUUUCCCGAGGUGUCAUUGCACUGGAUGUGGAAAAUGGACUACAAAGGCUGAGUCAUAUGUCCCGCCUCAAGUCACUGCCACAGCGUGAGUUUGCAUGACUACUUUCCAUUGUGACUCUUUGUUUUCAAUCAGGCGGCUGGGUUUAUUUUUAAAAAACAUAAGUCUCAGUAUGUUUUCAACUGUCUCUGACUUCUUUUUUUAGAAACCCUAUAAGUAUGACUAAAGUGUGACACUUUCUGUGAGUAAACUGAAUAUGUUCAAUAAAAACAUUCAUUACUCUUCAGACUACAGUAAUAUCAAAGCAGUGUGUUUGUCUGAAACAGAAAAUUCUCUUGAACUCCUAGUUUCUUAUUUAUUUCCCUGUCCUUUCUCUCUCUACAGCCUGCCGUUGGUGUAAACCAAGCACAGCUCUUCAGUGUUAUUCUCAGUACAGACCUAACCUCUCAACAUGGCUGCUUAUGCGCUCGUCACAGAGAACUUUAAGUUUAUGUCCCUCUUCUUCAAGAGCAAAGAUGUGAUGAUCUUCAACGGUCUGAUCGCCCUGGGCACUGUGGCUGGCCAGACUGCAUACAGUGUUUUUGCCUUUGACUGUCCAUGUUCUUCUGGGAGGAACUACUGUUACGGUCUGGCUGCUAUUGGUGCUCCAGCACUGGCAUUUUUCCUCAUAGGAAUAAUGAUGAACAAAAGCACCUGGGACCUGGUAUCUGAGUGUCGGCUCAGAAAUUGCCGGAAGCUGUCGGGAGCCGCAUCCUUUGCGUUGCUGGGAACCAUCAUUGGGCGAGCUGUGGUUGCUCCGCUAACGUGGACAGUUCUUUCUUUGCUCCGGGGCAAGGCAUACACAUGUGCCCUCAGUGAGUUUCUUGACCCCAAAACGUUGGAGGGCUUCCCCUCAGAUCAGGGGUCAGAGGUAAUGGCGAAAUUCCCGUGUCAAGAAAGUGUUCCAAAAGAGCUGCAAGGCUUCUGGCCUGAAAUUGAACGACGACUUAAAUAUGAAUCUCAGCUGAUUGGCUGGCUGCUGGUGGCAGGAGUGUCUUUGGCGGUGUUCCUGAUGCUGUGUGUGAAGCGCUGCUCCUCUCCUCUUGGCUACCUACAGGAGGACUACUGGUCUGAGUACCGCUCUAAUGAAAAGACCCUCUUCCAACGCACGGCAUCUGCCCAUGCUCUCCUCCUGGCUGCAGAGAAUGUUAAGAGCUUCUUUGGCUUUGUGGCACUGGAGAAGGAAGAGAAGGAGCAGCUGGCAGAGCAUCAGAGCGCUGGUCCUAUCUGCAGCACUAACUGGAACAGAGUGACUGGUGUCUACCUCUACAGGGAGAAGAAUGGACUGCCUCUGUACAGCAGGCUCAACAAGUGGGCCACAUAUAGCCUGGAGAAUAACAUGGAGGCCAUGGAGAAAGAGAUGGACACAUUCAACUGAAAGAAUUAUUCUAGAGCGCAGUUAAGUGACUGACUGCAACCAUAAAGUCAUCAGUAAACUUCUGACAGGCUGCUUGUUGGAUCAUCAACCUCCUUCAGAAAUUUCUGACAAUUUUAGUAACUUUCUGAAACAGACAAGCUGAAAAUCACGCACAAUAUUUCUGUUACUUUACCUGUACUGUAAAUGUGUUUGGACUGCUUCAAUCCCUCAGUCCCAAAAUAAUGAUUCUAGAGUUCCUUUGAAUUAUGGGGGAAUAGGUCCCCUCAGUUGUGUUUUUAAAGUCUAUUCUAGUAUUCUUAAUGAAAUUGUAUUGCUAUUUUGAAACAUUUGGUUAGGUGGUAGACAAAUGGCUUUCACAUGUAUUCUUUAUCUGGCAUACAAGAAUGGAAGCCAACUUUUAGUUGUUUCAUAAAUAUGUAGAAAGCUUUUGACUGUAUAAGCCAUAAAAUCUGGUAUGGAUGGUACAAUCUGUAAUGCCUUAAAAGCUCUUUAGCAAGCCCCAGUUGCAUGUGUGCUGGUUAUUGACU